GUUCCGCAGAUUCGGGAAUCAACAAUUUCCCCUGUUCCUCUGCAGCGCUGCAUAGCAGGGGAGAGGAGCCUCUUCUUCAAACUCAAACUCGUAAAGACAUGGUUUCUGAGAGCUCCCUUUCUUCCUCUAAACGCUCCCCCUCCAAUUCCUUCACUACUAGAAUUUUUGCUGAUGUUGCUGGUGACAUUACUGUUGUUGUUGAUAGGGAGUCAUUUCUACUGCAUAAGUUCCCCUUAGUUUCUCUAAGUGGGAAGAUCAGAAAGAUGGUUGCUGAUGCCAGGGGAACUGACAUUUCCCAUUUGGAGCUCCACAACUUCCCAGGAGGACACCAAACGUUUGAACUUGCCAUGAAAUUCUGUUAUGGCAUGAAUUUCGAGAUUACAACUGACAAUGUUGCUGGCCUUCGCUGUGCUGCUGAAUACUUGGAAAUGACAGAAGAUUUCCGGGACCAGAACCUUAUAGCAAGAACAGAAACUUACCUAAAUGAGGUUGUCUUUCAAAAUCUUCAAAAGUCAGUGGAAGUGCUAUCCACCUGCAAGAUGUUACCCACAAUAGCUGAGAAUGUGGAAAUUACAAGUAGAUGUGUGGAAGCCAUUGCGAUGAAUGCUUGCAAGGAGCAGCUUGUUUUGGGUUUGUCUCAACUAGAUUGUGAUAAUAAUGAAUCCAAAGAACUGAAGGAUGGUUCUUGUAUAGAUUGGUGGGCGGAAGAUUUGUCGAUAUUGAAUAUUGAUUUCUUUGAGAGAGUUGUUUGUGCAAUGGGGAGAAUGGGGGUCCAAUCAAACAGUAUCACUGCUUGUUUAAUGCAUUAUGCUCAGACAUCCUUAAAGGGUAUUGGAAAAUGUCAGAUUUCGAACCCAGCAAGGAUUAAACUGAGUCCUAGUAUAGCAGAAAACGAUCAGAGGACAAUGGUGGAAACUCUUGUAAGUCUAAUGCCAACAGACAAUAAAACUUGUCCAAAUGUCCCAUUGACCUUUCUGUUUGGGAUGCUGAAGAUGGCAAUCAUGCUCGGUGCUACAAUUCCAUGUAGACUUGAGCUUGAAAGGAGGAUAUCAUUGAGGUUGGAAAUGGUAUCAUUAGAUGAUCUACUCAUACCAUCUGUAGUUCAGUGUGGGGAUUCACUGUUUGAUGUGGAUACUGUUCAUAGGAUACUUCUGAGUUUCUUGCAAAGGAUUGAAGAGGAAGAGAGUGAAAGUUGUGGGGGUUAUGAAUCUGAUGGGUUAAGCUCUCCUGACCAUGGUUCUCUAUUGAAAGUUGGGAGGCUUAUUGAUGCUUAUUUAGCCGAAAUUGCUCCUGAUCCGUACUUAAGUCUUCAGAAAUUCAUCGCUUUGAUUGAGAUACUUCCAGAUUAUGCUCGGGUCAUUGAUGAUGGACUUUAUAGAGCUAUUGAUAUUUAUCUCAAGGCACAUCCAGCCCUAACGGAACAAGAAUGCAAGAAGCUGUGCAAGCACAUAGACUGCCAGAAGCUGUCUCAAGAAGCAUCUAACCAUGCAGCUCAGAACGACAGGCUUCCAUUGCAGAUGGUGGUGCAAGUUCUGUAUUUUGAGCAGCUGAGGCUGAAGAAUGCCUUGUCAGGAAGUUCAGGAGAAGGAGACGGCUUCCUAUCACAGAGAAUGAGCAGUGGUGUUCCGAGCGCGGCCAUGUCACCGCGAGACAACUACGCAUCUCUACGGAGAGAGAACAGAGAACUGAAGCUGGAGAUUUCAAGGAUGAGGGUGAGGCUGAGUGAGUUGGAGAAGGAACAAACAUUCAUGAAGCAAGGGAUGAUGGACAAAGCAGGAAAUGGAAGAACAAUUUUUACUUCUCUUUCAAAGGGAAUCGGGAGAAUUGGGAUUUUUAGCAGUCAAAGUGGAGGAAAGAGGCAGAAAUCAGGUAGAAAGUCUCGUGGUUCAGAGGGGAAAAAUGGUCGGAGUAGGAGGCACUCUGUCUCUUAAGAUAAUUGAUGCUAUCGUGUUGUCCUUUUUCCAGGUUAUUAUAGGUGUAAAUGAGCUGGUGGUUAGAGUUUCUCAUCAUUAUUGUGCGUUUUCCUUUCACCAUGUAUGAACGCUGCUGAAAAUACUCGAGUCCAUUCCUCGCGCUCAA